AUGGAUUUUGUUAACCGAACGUGGGAUCCGGGUUCAGGGUCUCAUGAUCUCUCUGAUGUUUCUGAUGCACUAAUGUCCCUGCAAAGUUCUCUCAAAUCCUGGGACAGGGAGGUGUUUGGUUCGGUGAAGAAGCAGGUGAAGGAGCUGUGCGAUGAGUUAGAAGUGGAGAGAAGUAGUACCUUGUAUCGUGGGCCAACGGAAACGGAACGAAGCCUGUUUGCUAAGCUUGCGGACGUGCUGGCUCGAGAGGAGAUCAUGGAGCGGCAACGUUCAAGAAUAUCAUGGCUCAAGGAGGGUGACAGGAAUACAGAGUUUUUCCAGGCUAAAGCCCGCGCGAGAAGCCGUACUAAUAGGAUCAAGGUCCUAAAGGAUUCGGCGGGACACAUGUUUAUGGAGCAGGAGGACCUUGAACGACUGGCCUGUGAGUUCUACCAGAAUCUUUUCAAGGCACAGCAUGAUCUCCAACCGGAGCUGAUCUGUUGCCAUGUGCCGCGGAAGGUAACGCCGGAGAUGGUGGAAGAAUGGGAGAAGCCGUUCACUGAGCAGGAAGUGGAGACGACCCUCUUUCAGAUGGCGCCGAACAAAUCUCCGGGGGUUGACGGUUUCAAUGCUGGUUUUUUCCAAACACAUUGGCUACUUGUCAAGGAUUGCGUGGUGAAUGCUGUACUGGGUUUUUUGAACGGAGGAGAUAUACCCGAGGAGGCGUCGAAGAGGGGAGCUGAUCGGGUUGCAACAAUUCAGGAUGAUUAUAAUAGAGGGUCUGGCCAGUUGGUGAAUAAACAAAAGUCGGCUAUUUAUUUUAGUCCAAACUGUGAGCAAGAGGCCAAGGAAGAAGUUCACGGGAGCUUACAAAUCCCAAAUGAAGCUCUCGGAGAGCAAUAUUUGGGCCUCCCCACAGCGGCUGGUAGAGGAAAUUCGGAAGUUUUCAACUUUGUGCCAGCACGGGUAAGGGGUUUUGUUGGUGGUUGGGCAGAGAAAAAUCUCAGUUGUGCUGCAAGGGAGGUGCUUCUUAAGGCUAAUGCGCAGUCAGUGCCGACGUACUCGAUGUCGUGCUUUAAGCUACCACCGGUGGUAUGUCGUAAACUCACUUCGUAUGUUUCAAAUUACUGGUGGAGCAGCUCCCUGGAUAAGCAUAAGAUUCAUUGGCAAAGAUGGGAGAAAUUGACAAGGCCCAAGUGCCAGGGAGGGAUUGGUUUUAGAGAUUUUACUCUGUUCAAUCAGGCGAUGCUUGGGAAACAAGGCUGGAGGCUGAUCUCGCGGCCGGAAUCGCUGUGUGCUAAGGUUUUGAAGGGGAAGUAUUUUCCAAAUGGGGAUUUUCUCUCAGCGACCAGGAAAAAGAGAAGCUCGGAGACGUGGAGAUCAAUCCUCCAUGGCAAGGAUGUGUUGAAACGGGGCUGA